CAUAAGAUGGGGCGGGCUUAACAAGUGACAGCGUAGGGCAAACUUUGUUAGCUCGUUGCUAACUGAGCCCCAUUUCUUCGCCUUAAAAAUGUCCUUAACUUGAAACAACCUCGCCGGGAACCUCCAGAAAGAUGAGCUGCAACAAGGAUGGCGACGACGGAGACCUGUGCGGCGGAUGGGCCACUUCAGUGUCCAUGCUGGUGCACGGCAAGAACGACAUCACGGCCGUGACCUCACGAGUGCAACAGUUUGUGGAGGAGAGGAUGCAGACCACUAUGCUCACGGGUGUGCUGAUAGGCGCCGCCGUGGCCGUCGCAACCAUCGGGAUCGUGGUGCUCUUCCUGUACAAGAGGUUCAAACAUGCUCGUGAACAGCAGCCAGGUGUGCCUCACUAUCGCUUCAGAAAGAGAGACAAAGUGCUCUUCUAUGGGAGAAAAAUCAUGCGCAAGGUCCAGACUUUGUCCUCCAUCCCCCCGCCUUCCUCCUCGUCUACCUCCGUGUCAAAGCAGCGUGUGCGCAAGAGAACCAAAGUCCUAAGCAUCGCUCGCAAAAUCCUCCGGAUCCGCAAAGAUCCGCCUACCCUGCAGCCCAAAGAACCUCCACCCUCGUUGCUGGAGGCCGACCUGACCGAGUUCGACGUGCAGAGCUCCAACCUGCCCUCCGAGGUCCUCUACAUGCUGAAGAACGUCAGGGUUUUGGGCCACUUUGACAAGCCUCUGUUCCUGGAGCUCUGUCGCCACAUGGUGUUCAUCGAGCUGCAGGAGGGCGAGGCUCUUUUCAAGCCCGGGGACGACGACGACAGCAUCUACGUGGUCCAAGAUGGCCGACUGGAGCUGUCCAUCUGUGAGAACGACGGCACGGAAGUGGUGGUGAAGGAUGUUCUUCCCGGAGACAGCGUCCACAGCUUGCUGAGUAUUCUGGACAUCAUCACUGGUUACCCGGCCCCUUACAAGACGGUGUCAGCACGAGCAGCCACCCGCUCCACCAUCUUACGUUUACCUGCUUCGGCCUUUGAGUCCGUCUUCAAGAAAUACCCCGAGACGCUAGUACGCGUCAUUCAGAUAAUCAUGGUGCGCCUCCAAAGAGUCACCUUCUUGGCGUUACAUAACUACCUGGGCCUAACGACAGAGCUCUUCAAUCCGGAGAAUCACGCCGUGCCUUUGUCCAACGUCAACUUUGUAACCAGCGAGGCAACACCCGGCAAGACCACGCGCCGCUUGCACUUCCAGGACGAGUUGGCCUCCUUCGACAGCCCUGCGGAAUCAGGAGACUGCGUGAAGGACAGUCCUUCCAGCAGCUACCGGAAGCAGCGAUCCAUCUCCAUGCCCGCCGACGCCACAGGCAAGGACAUGAGCAUGGCAUGUGAGAGAGCGCGGGUCAACAUGGACGACGCGCCGCUCAGUCCCGCCACUCACAAGUCGGGCCAGAAGAAGAGCGUCACCCUGCAGCACGCGCCCUCCGAGGUCUUUCACUACACGGACAGCGGGGGGCAGUCUGACGGCGUCCACCUCAGCAAGAGCAGCACCAUCUUCCAGGCUGCUAAGAAGGACCUGCUGGGACUCAUCCAGUUGCAGGAUCCCAACCUGCUGGAGGGAAGAGUGACCCUGCAUCAAGUCAAAGCCGGCUCCGUGGUGGCUCGCCAGGGAGACCAGGAGGUCAGCAUUCAGUUCGUCAUUUCGGGCCUCCUCCACGUCUACCAGCGCAUGAUCGACCGCGAGGAGGACACGCGUCUCUUCGUGACGCACCCCGGGGAGCUGGUCGGGCAGCUGGCCGUCCUGACGGGGGAGCCGCUCAUAUUUACCGUCCGAGCCCAGCGGGACUGCAGCUUUCUCUCCAUUUCCAAAACGCACUUCUACGAGAUCAUGCGUGUGGAGCCAAACGUGGUGCUGAACGUGGCUCACACCGUGGUGAAGAGGAUGUCGUCUUUCGUCAGACAGAUCGACUUUGCCCUGGACUGGAUGGCCGUGGAAGCCGGCAGGGCCGUCUACAGGCAGGGGGAGAAGUCCGACAGCACCUUCAUCGUGCUCAGUGGUCGACUGCGCUCCGUCAUCAUGAAGGAGGACGGCAAGAAGGAGCUGAUUGGAGAGUACGGCCGCGGUGAUCUGAUCGGAGUGGUGGAGGCCCUGACCCGUCAGAACCGAGCCACCACGGUCCACGCGGUGCGGGACUCUGAGCUGGCCAAGCUCCCGGAGGGUGCGCUCAGCUCCAUCAAGAGGAAGUUCCCCCAGGUGGUCACCCAGCUCAUCCAUCUGCUCGGGCAGAAGAUCCUGCAGCAGGUCAAUGUUCCUCUCACAGCUCGCAGCUUGGCGCUGCACACCCCCGGCAGCAAGUGGGACGCGGGCAACCAGGCCUCCAACCUGUCCACCGUGGCCGUCCUGCCGGUCUCCGAGGAGGUGCCGCUCACCACCUUCACCUUGGAGCUGCAGCAUGCACUCCUCGCAAUAGGUCCCACUCUUCUCUUGACGAGCGACACCAUCAAGCAGCGCCUGGGAGCUGCAGCGCUCGACAGCGUUCACGAGUACCGUCUGUCCAGCUGGUUGGGCCAGCAGGAGGACAUCCAUCGCAUCGUUCUGUACCAGACGGACUACACGCUGACCCCCUGGACGCAGCGCUGCAUCCGCCAGGCCGACUGCAUCAUCAUCGUGGGCCUGGGCGAGCAGGACCCCGCUGUUGGAGAGCUGGAGCGCAUGCUGGAAGGAAGUGCGGUGCGCGCCCAGAAGCAACUGGUGCUGCUGCACAAAGAAGACGGCCCCCGGCCCAAGGGCACCGUGGACUGGCUCAACAUGCGCAGCUGGAUCUCCAGACACCUGCAUCUGGCCUGCCCUCGCAGGGUCUUCUCCAAGAGGAGCCUGCCCAAGCUGUUGGAGUUGUACCAGCGCGUCUUUGAAAAGCCAGCAGAUCGACACUCGGACUUCUCCAGGCUGGCACGAGUCCUCACUGGGAACGCCAUCGCCCUCGUCCUGGGUGGAGGCGGGGCCAGAGGUUGUUCCCAGGUGGGCAUCGUGCGAGCCCUCUGCGAAGCCGGCAUCCCGGUCGACCUCAUCGGAGGCACGUCCAUCGGCUCCCUGCUGGGGGCGCUCUACGCCGAGGAGCGCAGCCACAGCCGCAUGAGGGUGAGGGCACGAGAAUGGGCCAUGGAAAUGACUUCGGUGUUUAAGAAGGUUCUGGACUUAACAUACCCGGUCACCUCCAUGUUCUCUGGCGCCGCCUUCAACUCCAGCAUCAGCAACGUCUUCAAAAGCAAGCAGAUUGAGGACCUCUGGAUCCCAUAUUUCAACAUCACGGCCGACAUCAGCGCCUCUGCAAUGCGAGUCCACACCGACGGUUCUCUAUGGCGAUACGUACGUGCCAGCAUGUCACUAUCAGGGUACCUGCCUCCUCUCUGUGACCCCAAAGAUGGACACCUUCUAAUGGAUGGAGGCUACAUCAACAACCUGCCAGCCGACGUGGCGCGCUCCAUGGGGGCCAAAGUGGUGAUAGCGAUCGACGUGGGCAGCCGCGACGAAACCAACCUGACUAAUUACGGCGACUCGCUGUCAGGCUGGUGGUUGCUAUGGAAACGCCUCAACCCCCUGGCAGAGAAAGUCAAGGUGUUGAACAUGGCGGAGAUUCAGACUCGCCUGGCCUACGUGUGCUGCGUGCGACACCUGGACACUGUGAAGAACAGCGACUACUGCGAGUACAUCAGGCCUCCCAUCGACCGAUACCGGACGCUGGAGUUUGGAAAGUUUGACGAGAUCGCCGAGGUGGGAUACCAGCACGGCAAGACGGUGUUCGACGUGUGGAGUCGCAGCGGCGUGGUGGAGAAGAUGCUGAAGGACAGACACCAGGAGGAGUUCCACAACACCCAAAGCAAGAACGACGUGUUGACGUGUCCCAACGCGUCUUUCACUGACUUGGCAGAAAUUGUGUCUCGCAUCGAGCCGGUCAAACCUGCCCUGGUGGACGGUAAAACUACCGACAGAGACGUCACCCCUUAACACGAUUAGGGCCUGAUCUACUAAAGUGAGCAGAUUAAGGGGCGCAGUCCAUCGAGCGUGUCUGUCCUUGUGGAUAUGCAGAAUAUAUGCGGAACAUCAGAACGCCCACAAUGCUGGCAGGAGAAAAUGCAAAUUGAAGUAGAGUUUGCAAUUCAGGAAGAAUUGCGUGUGAAUGCCUUAUGUGCACGAGCCACCGACCCGUCGAUACGGGGGAGCGGUACCGAACCGCUUGAAUGUCCAGGGUGAGUGGAGUGUGUGGAUGUUGGAACGGUUCCAAUUGGAUGAGAAAUGUGGGAUACCCACUAGAUUGUAUAUUGCCCAUUCUUUGUCAAUAGGGAGAAAAACCCAGGAAAUUCCAGGAAAACGGGAAAUUGGGGAACAUUAAAAAUGUUUUGCGUUCAGAAUAUGGGAAGAGUAGAUGGUUGAAAGUAGAGAUGUCCGAUAAUGGCUUUUUUGCAGAUAUUCGAUAUUGUCCAACUCUUAAUUACCGAUUCCGAUAUCAAGCGAUACCGAUAUACUGUAUAUCAGGGGUGCUCACACUUU